AAACGCACCAUUUUUUGAUCAGUAUCUUGGGGGUGAGUUUGUGAUGGUUCAAAAUCCACAAGGUUUAAGGAGGGUUUAGAGUCGGCCACAGCCGCUAUAUUACCUCUUUCUCCUCUCAUCUCCUCUCCUCUCACUAUUCCAUUAGUUAAUCCUCAUGAAUUGUUCUAUAUUUCUUCAUCAAUCCAUUUCAAUGAACCCAUCUUUCUUGAUUUUACUUUCUCUGGAAAAUUUCAUCGAACACUUUGAUGUCCAGUAGCAAAACCCCCAUUUGUCUCCGUAUAAAGAUUGAUCAUUUCGUUCCAAUUGAUAAACCCACAAAUUUUCAACCGAACCCUUCAAAGAACUACACAGCUAUGUGGAGGAACAUUGCGAAGCUAGUCUCUUCCAAAACCCCAACAAGGUAUUCCCUCAAUACCCACUCUUUAUCUCGUGCUUGCAGUUUUCUGGGAUUUUCCCAAGAUACAAUUUUUCCAGAGAAAAUCAAAUUUAGGCCUUCUGAGAUCAGUUCUUGCUCCAAUAUGGGGUUUCCCGAGUUGGGUUUUCGUCGAACUGGCGAAUUAUUGCCCCGGGACGAGUUUUGGGGAAAACCCAGUUAUGGUUUUUUGAGAAACCAAGUCAGUGUUUAUGCUUUGUGUCCAAAAAGCUAUGGGAGUGUCGCCGAGGCGGUUUCGGUGUCCUCAACCGAUGUAGAUGAGGAUGUCCCUAUUGCCGAUGAGAUUCAAGAAUUGUUGGAUGUGAUGGGCAAAGAAGACAAAAGGGAGGUUGCAUUCAUGGGUCGGCAACGGCGAACAAUGGAGAGAGGAAUGAGUAAUGGGAAGUAUCAGACGCUUCGGAGGAGGCAAGUGAAGAUAGAGACAGAGGCUUGGGAACAGGCGGCGAAGGAGUACAAGGAGCUUCUAGUGGACAUGUGUGAGCAAAAAUUGGCACCCAAUUUGCCAUAUAUGAAGUCAUUGUUUCUCGGUUGGUUUGAGCCUUUGAGAGAUAAAAUUGUUGCUGAGCAGGAAUUAUGCCGGCAAAAGAAGCAUAAGGUGGCCUAUGCUCCGUAUUUUGAUCAAUUACCGGCUGAUAUGAUGUCAGUUAUCACAAUGCAUAAGUUGAUGGGAUUGUUGAUGACGGGUGGUGAAAAUGGCAGUGCAAGGGUUGUACAAGCUGCUUGCCUAAUAGGUGAUGCCAUUGAGCAAGAGGUUAGGAUACACAAGUUUUUGGAGAAAACAAAGAAGAAAAAGGUUAAUGACAAUACAGAAACUGAAGGGGAUAGUUCUGGUACUGCAGUUCAUGAGCAAGACAAACUACGAAAAACCGUCACAAAUUUGAUGAAAAAACAAAAGCUGCAUUCUGUGAGGAAGAUAGUGAAGAAACAGGAUGAUUCAAAACCUUGGGGCCAGGAUGCUAGAGCCAAGGUUGGGAGUCGUCUAAUUGAAUUACUGUUGCAAACUGCCUAUAUACAGCCUCGGGCUGAUCAGUUAACAGAUGGUCCACCUGAUAUUCGACCUGCGUUUGUACACUCAUUAAAAACUGUAGUGAAAGAAAAGAACAUCAGCAGAAGAUAUGGUGUCAUUGAAUGUGACCCACUAGUUCGCAAGGGCCUCGAAAGAACUGCUAGGCACAUGGUGAUCCCUUAUAUGCCAAUGUUGGUGCCUCCAGUCAAGUGGACAGGUUUUGACAAGGGAGCACACUUAUUCUUACCAUCUUAUGUCAUGCGCACACAUGGAGCAAGACAACAACGUGACGUGGUGACGAGGGUCCCUAGGAAGCAACUAGAACCAGUUUUCGAGGCCCUGGAUACACUUGGGAGUAAUAAAUGGAGGGUAAACAAUAAGGUUCUUAAUGUUGUGGAUAGAAUAUGGUCCAGUGGAGGUCGUCUUGCUCACUUGGUUGACCGCAAUGACAUCCCUUUGCCGGAGAAACCAGAUACGGAAGAUGAAGCACUGCUCAGGAAGUGGAGGUGGAAAGUUAAAUCUGUGAAAAAGGACAAUAGGGAGAGACAUUCGCAGCGGUGCGAUGUAGAGCUUAAAUUUGCUGUAGCACGGAAAAUGAAAGAUGAAGAAGGUUUCUUCUACCCUCACAACCUUGACUUUCGAGGUCGUGCGUACCCCAUGCAUCCGUACUUAAACCACCUUGGUUCAGAUGUGUGUCGUGGUAUUCUGGAAUUUGCAGAGGGACGUCCUCUUGGAAAGUCAGGGAUACGCUGGCUAAAGAUUCACUUGGCUAAUCUUUUUGCUGGUGGUGUGGACAAACUAUCACUUGAGGAUCGAAUAGCAUUUACUGAAAAUCACUUGGAUGAUAUAUUUGACUCUUCAGACCAACCUCUAGAAGGAAGGCGCUGGUGGUUAAAAGCAGAAGACCCAUUUCAGUUCUUGGCUGUGUGCAUUAAUCUCUCUGAGGCUCUGAGAAGCUCAUCUCCUGAAACAACCAUGUCUCACAUUCCUGUGCACCAGGACGGUUCCUGCAAUGGUUUACAGCAUUAUGCCGCCCUUGGAAGAGACAAGUUGGGAGCAACUGCUGUCAAUUUGGUUGCUGGAGAAAAACCUGCUGAUGUUUACUCAGGAAUAGCUGCUAGAGUUCUAGAUAUAAUGAGGAAAGAUGCUCAGAAAGAUCCUGAAGUAUUUCCAGAUGCACUGCGUGCAAGGCUUUUAAUCAAUCAGGUGGACAGGAAAUUAGUGAAGCAGACAGUGAUGACAUCAGUGUAUGGUGUAACUUACAUUGGUGCUCGGGAUCAGAUCAAGAGAAGGUUGAAGGAACGUAAUGCCAUCGCAGAUGAUACAGAGCUCUUUGGUGCAGCCUGUUAUGCUGCAAAAAUCACAUUGACUGCAUUGGGAGAGAUGUUUCAAGCUGCUCGUAGUAUCAUGGGCUGGCUCGGUGACUGUGCAAAGUGUGAACAGAUUAUUGCGUCUGAAAAUGAGCCAGUGCAGUGGACAACUCCACUUGGACUUCCUGUUGUGCAGCCUUACCGUAAACUAGGAAGACAUCUUGUUAAGACUUCUCUUCAGGUUUUGACACUUCAGCGUGAAACAGAAACGAUCAUGGUCAAGAGGCAGAGGACAGCUUUUCCACCAAAUUUUGUUCACUCCCUUGAUGGUUCGCAUAUGAUGAUGACUGCAGUUGCCUGCAAAAAAGCAGGCUUAAACUUUGCUGGGGUUCAUGAUUCAUAUUGGACACAUGCUUGUGAUGUGGAUGAAAUGAACAGGAUAUUACGAGAGAAGUUUGUGGAACUCUAUGAAACACCAAUAUUGGAGAAUUUGUUGGAGAGCUUUCAGAAGUCUUUCCCCACAUUAUCUUUUCCCCCCUUGCCCGAACGGGGAGACUUUGAUCUCAAAGAUGUAUUAGAGUCACCCUACUUCUUCAACUGAUCUGAACCAAAAGCAACUCCUUCUCUUACUUGUACAGUGACAUGGUGACUUUGAUCUGAGAGAUGCACUAGGGUCACCCUACUACUACUGAUCUGAACCAAAACCUACUCUUCCUCUUACGUAUACUGUGACAUGGUGCCUCUGUGCAUGUUUCACUGUCUCUGGUCUUUCUGUUUGCUACCGUAUAUGGGCAUGGCAAAGUAAGAGGGCAAUCUCUGCUUAUAAUCUGGUAGCAGACUUGAGGCAUGGAUUGUUUGAGCAUUGAGAUGAUCUCUCCAAGGUACAAUACUACUAUAUACACAAUUCAAUCUGCAGCUGCAAGCUCCAGUUUUCCCAGUACAGUCAACAAAGAGAUUCUUUAGCGGUGCAUGCCUGCUCUGAGAUGGUUUAGAAGAUUUUCUGAAGUAGAUUCAUUGUGCAAGAAGCUUCAAGAGGUUGCCAAUGUACAAUUUUGCAACAGUACACAUUCUUCCUCAGCGAAUCAUGUCUUCGAACAUGAAGGAUAUUAAGCUUUCCAAUGGAUACAGAUCUAUAGAAUCAGGCUGACAGGAGAAACGCUGAAAGUUGCAGAACCCAUUCAGGAUAGCUGACCUUGCAUACACAGAUGAAUUACAAUUUAUUGUCUCAUGAGGGGUUUUUGUGUUAAGUAUGGUCCAUAUGGCUCACUAAUUGUAAUAUUAUAUGCUUCUCCUAUCAUGUAAAUUUGUGUUAGUAUUAUGUUAAUUGAAAUUAAUAGUUUCGGUAAUGCAAUUGUUGCCAGCAACAUUAUGUAUUA